AAACGGUGGACCACACGGCUGGUGUGUUUAGAUGAUUGCAGUCCCUGUUCUUCAAAACUGUUCGUAUGAGGAUGAGAUGAGAAGGUAGUUUCGGAAAUGAUGGAUGGAGAGAAGCAUAUCGGCUCUAUUUUUCUCACGUGUAACGGCAGUUGCAGCAAAAAGAGAUGAUGGAUUCCUGCUUUUGAAGUCCAAAAGCCAUUAGGAUUCUGGGUUAUGUUGGAAUCUUUUGGUUUUCUAUCAUCAUCAACAACAACAACAACUAAAUAUGUCGCAGAAGCGGCAACAUGAAGAUGGCAAGGUAGGAACUGACGGUGGAAACACCCACGACGACAAGCGGCAGAGGGUACCUGCUCUUAAAAGUGUAAUAAUUGAAGCUACAAAGCAUAAUGCUAUUCAGAAGUUCAUUUCUGCUUUGGAGCCGUUGCUUCGUAGAGUUGUAAAAGAGGAAGUUGAACUGGCAUUAUCGAAGCAUUUGCCCUGCAAGAAACGACAUUGUGGUAAACAGAUACAUCCAUCUACCUCAAGAAGCUUACAACUACAGUUCAUUAACAAGCUUUCUCUUCCAAUCUUCACUGGCUCAAAAAUCGAAGGAGAGGACUGUUCUGGCAUAAGUAUUGCCUUAGUUGAUGCCUUGACGGGGGAAGCUGUUACGUCAGGCCCGGAAUCCUCAAUGAAGGUGGAAGUAGUAGUUCUUGAAGGAGAUUUUGAAGGCGAUCAAGAUGACAAUUGGACAUUUCAAGAUUUCGAUGACAACAUUGUUAGAGAAAGGGAAGGGAAGCGGCCACUUCUUACGGGGGAUGUGUUGCUGAACCUGAAUGAGGGAAUUGGCGUGGUAGGGGAACUCAUGUUUACUGACAAUUCAAGCUGGACAAGGAGUCGUAAGUUCAGGUUAGGUGCAAGAGCUGUGGAUGGUUAUGUUGAUGGAAUUAGAGUAAUAGAAGCAAAGACAGAUGCAUUCAUGGUCAAGGAUCAUCGUGGAGAAUUGUACAAGAAGCAUUACCCCCCUUCAUUGGUGGAUGAAGUAUGGCGGCUGGAGAAGAUCGGUAAAGAUGGUGCUUUUCACAAGCGUCUGAACAGUGAGAACAUUAAUACUGUGAAAGAUUUUCUGACACUCCUAUGCAUCGACACUCAGAGGCUCCGAAAUAUCCUAGGCACUGGUAUGUCUGCCAAAAUGUGGGAAAUCACAGUCGACCAUGCUUGGACAUGUACUCUUGAUAGACGAUUGUUUGUGUACUACACCAGUGCCCAACAAAGAACAGGAGUUAUCUUCAACAUUGUUGGACAAAUGAUUGGGCUGCACUCCGAACUUCAAUUCGUUCCGGUCAAAGAUCUCUCGGACACUCAAAAGGCAAAUGCACACAAGCUGGUAAAAGCUGCAUUUGAUCGCUGGGACGAAGUAAUUCCUUAUGAUGAUGGAUCUAUUACUGGUAGCUCUUCGCAUGCACCUGCCCCCACUUUGUUUCCUCCCGAUUCACCGCCAGUAGAGUGCCCAUACGGUAGCUUCUCGAGCUAUCAUCGUCACAAGCCUGGAGGAUUCAGUUUUACUCCCCCAAGUGUUUCGUCGCCAGACAUGGUUACUUCCAUUUUAUCCAUUGGUGGUGUCAGGAGUUUGGAUGAUUAUGCUCUGCAAGCCAUUGACAAUCUGGAGCUUAGAAAUGAACCGGAGCCUCAGAGCUUUCAUGCACAUGACUUUUACAGGGAUUCUAGGAUGGCUUUCUGCAGAACCCCCAAUUCCGCAAUCGCUGAUGUGGAGUCCAUAAGCCAAACGUUCUGUGGUGAAGACCAUUUUCAUUAUUUUGAUGCCGAUUCUGCCACCACCUUGCAGCUUCCUCAGAUCCUCAGCAGUGCAGGAUCACGAACUGACAUUGAAAGCACUGUAGUUCCAACUGCAGGUUCCCACAGUGAAGCUUAUACAGCUUCCCAUGGUAAAGCUUAUACAACGUGGACGAUGCUCAUAGGCGUGCUCAAAUGGAAAUUCUCCAUAAGGAGGAUUGUCGCUAGGAGAAAGAGGAGCAAGAUUUGGGAAAAAGAGAAAUUGGGUUAGCAGCUGAGAAUUUUAGGGGACUUUGAGAUCCAGUGUUGUUAACAAAGGCAUGGGCUGUGAAAAAGUGGUGCUCUGAGUGAAGCCGUGUGUGUGCAGCUUGCUGGAUAUUGUAAGAGUUGUACUGUUGUUUUUGCAUGUAAAUAUUCUGUGAUAGCAAGGAGAUGCAUGUAUGAACUAAUGGGACCCACUCAGAUGAUGCCCAGAAAGAAGAAAAGAUGAAUUAUAUGGA